UCAAUCUUUUCCUUCAAACACGACUUAGAGACGUGUAACUGUACAAAACAUUAUACAGAAUGAUUUUCACUGGCUUCAUCUGCUUUCUGUUGCUCCUACAAACGGUAGAAUCCGUGACAACACAAAGCCCGAAUAACCUACCUCCAAAGGAAACUACUUGCAACAUAAACAACUAUUAUAGUUUUCAUGCUGGACCCAGGCUCGAGAAAAUAAUCAUAGAAAUGAAAACAAAACUGGAAGCGAUUGAACAAGAGCUAAAAAAAUUAUCCAAGAAAGAAGAAACACGGAAAAACGGUUGGUUGGUGGUUACAGCUCAGUUUUGAAUGCCGUCACUUCUUUAAAAUAUGUACAUAAUUGCUAAACUAUUGAGAAACAUUCUAGCCUUAUUUAUGCCAUAUUUUGCGAAGCUGGUUGAAUUUCCCCAUAGGAUUCAAUCAUUAAGAAAAGGGAGUAAGAGUUAAGAGUGUAAACACACGUUUAUAAGCUAUGAAGCUCUUUUAAUGGGUGAUUAAAAAAUAUGUAAAUCCAUAACUACAGGCAUAAAAUUAGGCCACGUAUAAUAACAUAAGAUACACACGGAGUAGCAAAGAUAUCCUUUUGUACUCUCAUCAUAAACCUUAUUUUUCAUUUGUGGACUGAUACCCAUGGUCGAUCCCUCCUCAUUGAUCCACUGUCUCAAAAUUCAGUUUCUUCAAAAUAAUAAAUAUAUAUUUUUUUAUCAAGUUCCAGAUCCGGUCGCCUUCUUCCCCCUCAAUGCUGCGCACGGUACCAAGGAGAUUAACAACCGAGCAGUGAAAGCGAUUCCUCGUGGGGUUACUCUGGCUCCAGGGCCCGAUGGAAGACCAAACUACUCUUAUAAAUUUUCUGGAAGCUCCAACAGCUACAUCGAGUUUCCCAACAGGGUUGGAGGACCUUUAGACGUGCGAUAUUCGAUGACUAUGCUGUGCUGGGUUUACUAUAAUGGCAAAGACGGAUCGCUCUUCAGCUACGAGAAAAGUUCAACCUGGGGUGUUCAUUUAUGGGUUGUCGCCGGGAAACUUUUUGUCCGUUUCGUAAAACGAGAUUAUUCGUCUACCAACCAUUUGUUGCACACCAGUCUCGCAGGUGGAUGGAAGUUUGUUGGCGCAUCUUACGACCGUUCUUCUGGCGAAGCCAAACUGUGGGUCAAUGGAGCUGUGGUUCAGACGUUAAACAUUGGAGCGGGCCUUGAACUAGCCACUCAAGAUAGCAUCAGAAUGGGUAUGAAGACUGGUGAUAGGAGGUACUUCAAAGGCAGAAUUGCUCAGAUGCGGAUCUACAACCGAGCUUUGAGUCAGGAGCAAGUUCAAGCAAUACAGAAACUUGUCGCAGGUAAAAGAAAAAAUAAAAAAAGGAAAUUUAAAUGUUCAUUGCAAUGUGAAAAAUAAAAGUGAACAAGUUAGCGGUAAUUCUGUCAUCAAUGGAUAUUGAAUAUUUUCACUAUGGAAUGAUCCUGCUCUGAGUUCCAAUGGCUUUGGCUUCGCUUAAAGAAAUUUUUAAAAAUAGCUUGUAUUAAUGGUACUUAAGAGUUCAGUUUUAUACACACAGAGUAUUGCGAGCACUCGCCGGGCUGAAUCGUGCUGUUGUAGAUUCCUGACUGCAAUUUUUUCAAGACUCAGAAGUCCAUAGCUAACCUGGUUUGCUGUUAUAUUUCCUUUUCAGCAUGAUCCUGGAGAAAAGCGUCAAGUCCAAAAAAUUUAAGCCAACAUUAAGAAUGAAGCAUUCCCUGCAGCUUUAAAAUUUCGUAUGGGCUUUUCUUUUGUAAAGGGAAAAUAAAGAGUAACUGUACAUGUAGAUCGUGUGAAGUUCUUAUCCUCAUCGACGUCGAAAGUCUCGCAUCAUGCAAGAACUGUUAAAAAGUAUUAAUGAAAUGGAAGGGGCUUGGGGGCAAGAAUAGAUAGGUCAGGUAAAGUUAAAAGACAGCGACUUCAAAUGUGAAUCAGCCAUGCUGAUUGUUUAUGCUGAAUGAUGAACUGCCCUUGAAAGGAAAAAAGCAGAAAUUGUUCCGUAAGUUUUAGCAAGUGUACUUCAUGCCACGCUAGAGUUUAUAAAACCGCUUUGUGCUACGGUCUAAACACAGUUAAAAGGCGGCUUGUACCUGUAACCCUAACCUAAUAUUCAUCAUUCAGAUGGGCCCCUUAUCCACUCCCAAUAAGGUCAUACCCACUAUGAAGCGAAUUAACCAUCCUUACUAUCCAAAAAUUGUUCAACCAGUGCCAAUCUCUCCAAUCUAUAGAAGUUAAAUUUUAGGGUUUCCAAUACUAAACAUGACUUCACCACUUCUUUGCCUCGUUUAGUUGACAAGAAAAGCCCUUUUUUGGGAAUAAAAUACAAGACUACACCUUAUAGCUUCUAUCUAGAUGAAACAAGGAAACAAAAUCUCGGUUAAGGUACGGUAAAACAGGCAACAAAAACGUGACCCUAUUUUCUAUGGUGCUACUG